AAGUUGGUUGAUGGAAAUGGUGGAGGUUUUAAAAUUCAGGAAUAUUUCUAUAAAUAAUGAUAAAUAGUUAAUCAUAAAGCUCCGACCAUGAGUGCUCCUGGUACCAAGUCUCCUUUGGAUAAUGAGAUGAUAUAUCGCUACUCAACAACUGCCGGCUGGGAUGAUAUUCCGACAGAAAUAUUUAUCUACAUUUUUAAGAAACUGAACAUUACAUCACUUAGAUGUUGUUUUGCUGUUAACAAGAAAUGGAGAGAAAUAGCAACAUGUAUUUGCGACAAUCAAUAUUUAUGGCAGGCAUUGGCAGAAGAUGGAAUGGUGAAUAAUGGUAUGACACAACAGCUUAAGACCACUCUCAGCUGGAAAGACUUGUACUUUAACUCGUUCUUAUGGACUAAAUUGCCAUCAGCUGUUGCUCUCAAACUUCAUGAAGUGGAAAAGUCAGAUGUCAGAAAUAUGCAUGUCUAUAAGGACAAAAUAAUAGUUGUGCACCCAAAUAGUGUUGAAUGCUAUGAUAUUGAAAGUUUUCAAGUCAUUAAAAGUAUUUUGACACUGAAUUGUGUUGAUGUACAAGAAUCAGAUGAUAUAUUAAUGGUAGUCACUGACAACAACUAUGACAGCAAUACACACAGAGUGACCAUGUUCAUCAAGUUGGACAAAGAUGAGGAAAUAAAUAUUCAAAAUUUUCAUAUUCCUUUGAGAAUGCCUGGGAAUGGAUCUAUACAUGCAUUUGUAGAGUCUUUGCAUUGGCGAUUGAUCGGAAAUCGUGUAUAUGUAAUUGAUAAAAAAUGUGUCCUUUGGGAAUGCUCUGCUAUAAAUAGAGUUCUGUCAGUCAAAGCGCUAGCAAAAUAUUACGGAGAAAUCCCUAGAACACGAAGUUCGAUCAUCCACGUCAUUAAGGAAGAUGUGUACAUUUCGUUAAAGUGGGGUCAUUUAUUAACGGUCACAAAAAACAGUAGAAUGUUUCGAAAAGUUAACACGACGGAAGUACCUACAAAAAUGAUCGAAAACUCCAAAUUAAAUAUGACAACGUCAUGCAGGAAAGGCUUCACCACUUUCAACGCCUUUAUAAAAUUUCCUUUUGCCGUACAAUUUGUCGAUGUAAGUGUAGCACCACUCAACAUGAUACAUUACCACUAUGACGAUCCUGAGAUGACCUGCGCCCUGCAGCACGGGGACGUGAUAAUUCGAGGAUUCGUAGACGGAGAGAUAGCAAUAAAUUUGUUGAGGGAUGACUUUAAAUAUAAUUUAAACGUGCAGCAAUUCGAUCAGGAUGAAGUGAAAGAGCCUGCUGUUAUAGCGCUGGAUAUCUGCGAGCUUAAAGGCAUGCACAAGCUGUUUGUGGCCACUAAACAUAAACUGUACAAUAUACUCCUCAAGUACCCGAACGACAGGCAGGAGACUAGAACGAAAUGAUGUCUAUGUCAAUCUUCAUAACUUGGUAAGCGUGAAGUUUCCCGUUUCAUUAUUAGAUGCGUUACAUGAAAUAUCGAUUCAACUUUUUCUUAGUCCAACGAAGUAAACUGUAAACUUUGUUGAAAAUACAAUUAUAAGUAGUAAGAUAAAAUAUUUCUUUAGGUAUGCAAGGCCUUUUGUUACGUGCGAGUUCUAGUGAGAGAUAUGAGUAGGUACCUAUUAUUAAUUAUACCUACUUGGUGCUAUUAAUGUCUGUGAUUCAUUUAGUUAUUCACUUAGGACACGUUAAGCUGGGUGUUUGUCGUUAUUUUAUAAAGAAAAUAUUUAUUUAAUCUUAAUUGCUUAUAAAACCUAAUUUUAAUUGUCCUUGGAUAUCACGGGCCUAUGCAUCCCGGUCUUUUGAUAGGCUUGCGUGGGGAUAUAGAUCCAACACGUAGAGGCCCCCUUGGAGAGCUUUAAUGUCAUGUACGCCUGCUGGAACCCGUUCACAGGCGCAACAAUAGACACCCAUGAACCGGUCGCAGCAGGCAUUGGGACUAUUGUAGAAAAAGUAAACAGUAUACCGGUCUAUGGAUUGAAGUUUGGGUGGACAAUGAGACUGGGCUAUUGUAAAGAAGUCCGGACACCUGCCAUAACAAUGUUAAAACACGUUAUCGAGGCAGGUGGUGACUUGCCGCUGACUAGAUGGGCCCCUGAAACUGCCGUCGUGAAGACGACCAGAAGCAACGCCGGUAUGAGCGGCU